AUGAUGUGGUUUAGUGUCCUUGUAGGUGCAGCUCUGGCGUGCGUAUGCGCUGUAGAAAAUGCGUUUGCUCGUACGCCGCAUGGUAGGCCUCCCGCCCCGCCCCUGAUAUUCACCGGGAAAAGCGGUUCGAUCAAGUAUGAGGUAACCUUGGAUAGAGUGACCCUAGGUCAGCCCCACGAAGCCAAUAUCGUUUGCGGUAACGAUGACGGCACGCCGCUCGGGGGAGAGUUUACGCUGUACCCCAGCGACCCCAUGACUAAAACCUUGCUGCCGCUCGAGGGUGAUGACCUGGAAGAGGCCAUAUCCAAGGAAGUCCUGCUGCGUAACAUUUCGCGCAGUACCAUGUUGCAGAUUGAGACGAGCAAACACCGGGGUACAGGCAGUUUCGUGAAGGUCAAGUAUCCCAUCAACGCCCUCAUCAUGGCCAAGGAUCCCCACAACUUCAGCAUCAACUAUGCCUGCAAGUACCAGCCACAUGAUAAGAGCCAGCCUCCCUACUACAAAUGGCUCGAAAUCAAGUUCAAGUACGUUUAUCCCAUGGCAUACGGAUGUGAAAGUGGCAACGACAUGCUAUUCAAGAAUUCGGUUUAUCGAUUUGAUAGCUACAAAAGCAGGGCACAACAUGCGGUAUGUCGCAUCAAUCCCGAGCCCAAUCUUUUAUUUGGUAUAUACUGCAAACCUGGUGAGGUUUUGUUUCCUGAGGAUUGUGUCUCAAAACAUGAUAUGCGUAAAUUGGGCGGGUUAAUUGAGCGAUAUGAAUUAGAUGACAAAAGCGCAGCGGCUAUAAGGGGUUACGAAGUGCAUACUAGGCUCAAGCUUUUUAAGAUUUCGCCGAAAGCAAUGGACAAGGAAUUUUCUGUAAGCUGCCAGUGCAUGGCCCCUGAUGGGGAGGGCAGACAGCUCUCUCUACGAAAUCAUGUGAACGUAGAGGUGAAUCCGGUACAAACUUUGCAGUAUAAUACUAGAAGUUUACAACACUCGAUGGCAGUAAUGGAGUUGUUGAGGCCCGGAAUCAGACUCACAAUAUCGGCGCCCCCUAAUGGACGGUGGAAUGUAGGAUACUUAGGAAAUGUCGAAAGUAACCUCACUCCUACAGAUCCGACACAUUAUGUAACCAUUGGACCAGGCAAAGUGAAAAAUACCCUAAUGCGCAUUCACCAGUUCAUUGGUGCUAAAAAGUUGUCAAUAGCGCAACAUAGCACUGUCGGCAAACUUCAGUAUGUUAUUCAUUACAAGCCGGAUUCCGUUUGGGUUUUGAAAAAUGAGAUGCAAUUAAUGCAUUACAAGUGGAGAGCAACGCGGAUGGAUGGGCCAAAGCCAGUGGAUGUGUCCGUAGAUGUGAAUCUCCCCAUAAUCCCUACUGACCCACACACGUACGGUUGUGGUGUGGACAGCCGUGAUCUGUUCCGAUACGAGGGUUUCGAACUGCAUCAGGGGAAGCACGAAUACGAGACAGUGUGCAAGAUAAACCCGUACGUGUUGAGUCCCGUCGGGUUUUAUUGCCCCAAGCACUACACUUUGGAGCCCGCUGGCUGCUUCGGCGAGAUGCUGCAUACGGAGUCUGGCCGAGUUGUGAACCUGGCUGACUACGCACCGCACGCGAAUCCGAUAAACAGUGCGAACAUCCGUGUGUUGGAUUUCCACGUACCCAAGAGUAUGAGACGCCGCGUCAAGUACUCUAACGACGAGCUCUCGUGCCGGUGCCUCGACCCCGACGGAAGAGUCCAUGCGUCGAUCACCCUCGAUCUGCGCCAGCCGAUGACCGAUAAGAACCCACCUGCCGUCAAAUAA